AUAACAAACCUACAGUAACCGAGUAACCCCACCUCUCUUCACCAUGGAGUCAUGGAAUAACCUCCUUUACGGUGUUCUAGAUCCCUCUGUUUUAUUUAUUGGUAACAUAUUCUAGAUCCCUCUGGCUCUGUUAGCAUCUUGCCUCUCUCCCCUGUCUCUCUCUCCCUGAAUAAACAUCAACAUGACACGUAACGAAUAAAGGGAUACUUUCUUGUUCUUCGAGGUUUGAACACGCCGAACAACCGUAGUGGGUGCUUUCAGUUAUCUUCAUAUCCUUCUGGGUUGGCCAUUCUGCAUUCGGCAAGGUAACCUCUGUCUCUAUAGUUUUAUUUCUUUCUUAGUAGGCUUGAUAUUGAAUCUCGACUUAAACCAUGAUUUACUCUUUGAAAUCCUCCGGAAGCUCAUCAAUCUUGGCGACUCAAUCAAUCCAGAGACCACCACCAAAGCCGUCUCUUCUUUGCUGCAAUUCCGUUUGGAGUUCUUCUCAUCGUCGGAACCCAAGAGUUUCGUCGUCUCCUAUUGGCACCAACGAGGAUAAACCAAUAAAACCGAGAACCCAUUUCCUAAAACCCAUCUUAAUAACUUCCGAGGAAGUCCUCGUCAGGAACAACAGGAUAAAUGAGAAGAACACAGAGUCUUCUCAAGUGGGUAGGCAGCAGAUGAUGGCUCUGUGUGGAUUUGGGUAUUGGGUUCAAGGGUUCAGGUGUUUUCCAUGGCUGGCGAUGAAUUUCCACAUGGCGCACACUCUUAAGCUGCAUCCUUCAACAUUGCAGCUUAUACAGAGCUCCGGCAACCUACCCAUGGUGGCCAAGCCUCUAUACGGGGUCCUUUCAGAUGCUGUUUAUAUUGGUGGUGCUCACAGAAUACCUUAUAUUUCCAUUGGAGUGCUUUUGCAGAUUCUUUCGUGGGGGGCUCUGGCACUAAUUCCACUCGCAGGUGAAGCCCUUCCCAUAUUGAUGGUGUGCAUUCUGCUUAGUAACCUUGGAGCUUCAGUCACAGAAGUUGCAAAUGAAGCUCUUGUUGCUGAGUACAGCCAAAGACACAGAGUAAGUGGAGUCCAAUCUUAUGCAUUCAAGGCUCUAGCUGCUGGGGGAAUCUUGGGCAACUUGAUUGGAGGCUUUUUCCUAAUGAAAACACAAAAAACGAAGAUGAUAUUUCUCUUGUUUGCUGCACUACUUUCCCUUCAACUUGCAAUUUCUUCAACAACAAGCGAGGAUGCUUUUAGCUUGCCACAACCAUCAGACCAUCAUAUCAUAAGAAAUUCUGUCUCAGAAGAUCUACACAGAAAGUUCUCUAGUCUGAUCAGUGCAAUAGGCGAAGAGCGCAUUGCUGGCCCUCUUACCUGGAUUGUAGCCUCCAUUGCUGGAGUUCCAAUUCUGUCAGGAGCCAUCUUCUGCUACCAAACACAAUGCUUAGGGCUUGACCCUUCAAUAAUUGGGAUGUCUAAAGUUAUUGGCCAAUUGAUGCUGCUAUCGGCUACUAUUUUCUAUGAUAGAUAUUGGAAAAGAAUUUCUUUUAGGAAAUUGAUUGGCAUGGUGCAGAUUGUUUAUGCAAGCUCCCUUCUUCUGGACCUUGUCCUAGUGAAACAAAUCAAUCUUAGAUUGGGCAUUCCAAAUGAGGCCUAUGUUUUGUGCUUUUCAGGAUUAGCAGAAAUUGUUGCUCAGUUUAAGCUCCUACCCUUCUCAGUUUUGUUUGCAAAUUUAUGCCCAGCUGGAUGUGAAGGAUCACUCACUUCUUUCUUAGCUUCAGCCCUUUGUUUAUCAUCCAUUGUUAGUGGAUUUUUGGGUGUUGGAUUGGCUUCUCUCAUUGGAGUAACAUCUGGUGAUUACUCAAGCCUGCCUUUGGGGAUUUUACUACAGUUUCUUGCAGCUUUGGUGCCCUUGGGAUGGUUAUCACUUUUACCCAUAUCACAGCCACUAUCAUCAAAGGAAAAAAAGGGAAGUCCAAGCAAGAAAAGUAGAAAGAUUAGAAGGGUGGGAAGAACGGUUUUUGGUUCUAUUUAUGCUUACCGGAGACAAAGAGAAUCUGAGGCAGAGAUAUAAGCAGUUGAGGUCUUACACGAUUUCUGUACAGAGAUGGAGAAGGAAGAAAGCAGGAGAAUGUUGAUUAUACAAGUCUCAAGGUUUGAUAGGAAUGCAAACAGGAACAGCAUUGGAUAGAUUCUGGCCUACCUAUUGGAAUACUUCAAAGAGAGAGAGUAGUUACAAUUCAUCCCCAAUUUUGAGGCAGCCGAGGGUGGUCAUUUUUGCCACAAGGCAGAUUGUAGUGAUUUUGGGUUUUUUGUCAGUAACUUGAGAUUAUUUUAUGAAUGAAAGAAAGGUAAUACAGCAUCAACAAUGUACAAUAAGGCUUUAUACCUUUUCAUUCCAUUCUGUGAUGAAGAUGGCUCAUUGUUACUCCCUUUAAAUACCAUGAUGAUCCAAUUGGGA